AGCGGAGUAUCGCUCGUACCAAACUCAAACCACACCCCAGAUUCCAAGCUGUCGAAAUCACAAACCAUAACUUCUAUAAAGAUGGACAGAUUCGCUCGAAGUUCUGUCGAUCAUCCCCACAUUCUUCAUAACUUCUCUGGACAACCUCUCUGCACUCUACCAUUUACCAAAGAUAGACAAGUUGAACUGGAUCAUGGAGAAAACUUCCAUGUCUCCCUCCCCGAGCACAGACUUGGUUGAACAUGUCGAACCAGUUGCUCAUAGCGACGUCAAGCCUACCCUCCCGAAGGCAGAUAUCGAUCAAGAGCACCAGCUCACAUUCCGAGAUGCUUGGAAGCAUCACAAGGCCAUAAUUGGAUGGUCUUUCUUCUGGGCUAUGUGUGCUAUUGGAUGGGGCUUCGAUGCUCAAGUCAAUGGAGCAAUGAUCAGCGUACCAUCCUUCAGGCGAGAUUUUGGGUACAUAUUCGAAGGCGAAGCAGUCCUUCCCGCAAGUUGGCAAGCAGCAUUCAACAUCAUCAGCGCCGUAGGACAAUUCCUCGGCGGCUUCUCUUGCAGCUGGGUCGCCGACAAAACUGGCCGAAAGCCCAGCUUAGCCGUCGGCAUCUUGCUCUGCACCGGUGCCAUCAUUGGACAAAUCGUCACAACAUCGAAAGUCGGGUUUCUGAUCAGCAAGUUAAUCCUUGGUAUCGGCCUUGGGUUCUACCUCACACUCGGUCCUCUCAUGUGUUCCGAGAUCACACCCGUUGUCCUCCGUGGCAUCUCGACUGCAGGAGUCAACCUUGGCAUCGCCGUGGGACAACUCAUUUCCAAUUCGGUCAUCAAGGGCUUCGGUGAAAGGACGGACAGGUGGGCAUACAGAGGUCCCUUUGCCAUCCAGCUCUUUUUCGCUGCCUUCCUCGCUGCUGGCCUCGCAUUCUCCCCGGAAUCGCCCUGGUAUCUCGUCCGUGUCGGAAAGAUCGAAAAGGCACGCAAGUCACUUCAAAGACUAUACGGCAACAACACAGACAUAUCUGCUAAGCUCGCCAACAUGGAAAUCACGGUUCAUGAAGAAUCGAUGCAGAAGGCUCCGUCAUUUAUCGACUGCUUCCGUGGGACGGAUCUCCUACGAACGGGAAUCUCGACUGGGGUUUUUGCUUGCCAGCACUUUGUUGGCAUCAUCUUUGUCCUUGGGUACUCUACUUAUUUCUUCCAACUCGCCGGUCUAGACACCGCUCAUUCAUUCGACCUCGGCGUUGGUGUUACAGCCUGUGGGGUCCUUGGAAACUUCUGCUCGUGGUUCAUUGUUAACUCCUACGGUCGCCGAAAGAUCUUCAUUUUCGGUAUGGGUGCUCUCACCGUUCUCUUAUUUCUGAUUGGAAUCAUGGACGUCAUCCCCUCCUCCGCAGCGAAGUGGGUUCAGGCUUCAGCCACGGUGAUCUAUGCCUUUGUUUACUUCAUGACAGUCGGAGCCAUGGCGUUUGUUAUCCUCGGUGAGGCAUCAUCUGCGCAGCUACGAGCUAGGACAACUGCACUGGCGACAGCAACACAGGCACUCUUUGGCAUUGCGAUGAACUUUGCUAUUCCUUAUAUGGUAAAUCCGGAUAAGGGGAACAUGAAGGGAAAGGUAGGCUUUGUUUUCGGUGGAUUGGCUGCGAUUGCUACUCUUGGCUCUUUCUUCUAUGUUCCGGAGUUGAAGGGGAGGACCUUUGGGGAGAUUGAUCAUAUGUUCUAUAAUAGGGUACCGCCGAGAAAGAUGGGAGGCUAUCAGAUUGAGGAGGAGCUUUGA